GCUCGCGGAAAGCAUGGCGGGGGCCACGCCAGGCGCCAUCAUGGCCGAAGACUACUUCGGGAACGCGGCCGAGUGGGGCGACGAGGCGGAUGGCGGCCAGCAACAGGAGGAUGAUUCUGGAGAAGGAGAGGAUGAUGCAGAGGUGCAGCAGGAAUGCCUUCAUAAGUUUUCUACCCGGGACUAUAUCAUGGAGCCCUCUAUCUUCAACACUCUGAAGAGGUAUUUUCAGGCAGGAGGCUCUCCAGAGAAUGUCAUCCAGCUCUUAUCUGAGAACUACACUGCUGUGGCCCAGACUGUGAACCUGCUAGCUGAGUGGCUCAUUCAGACAGGUGUUGAGCCCGUGCAGGUCCAGGAAACUGUGGAAAACCACCUGAAGAGUUUAUUGAUCAAACAUUUUGAUCCCCGCAAAGCAGAUUCUAUUUUUACUGAAGAAGGAGAGACCCCAGCUUGGCUUGAACAAAUGAUUGCACAUACCACAUGGAGAGAUCUGUUCUACAAACUGGCUGAAGCCCAUCCAGACUGUUUGAUGCUUAACUUUACUGUUAAGCUGAUUUCUGAUGCGGGGUACCAAGGGGAGAUCACCAGUGUGUCCACUGCCUGCCAGCAGUUGGAAGUGUUCUCCAGAGUGCUCCGUACCUCUCUAGCCACCAUCUUGGAUGGAGGGGAAGAAAACCUUGAAAAAAAUCUCCCUGAGUUUGCUAAGAUGGUGUGUCACGGGGAGCACACGUACCUGUUUGCGCAGGCCAUGAUGUCCGUGCUGGCCCAAGAGGAGCAGGGCGGCUCUGCGGUGCGCAGGGUGGCACAGGAGGUGCAGCGCUUCGCUCAGGAGAAAGGCCAUGAUGCCAGUCAGAUCACACUGGCUUUGGGCACAGCUGCUUCCUACCCCCGGGCCUGCCAGGCCCUUGGGGCCAUGCUGUCUAAAGGAGCCCUGAACCCUGCAGACAUCACUGUUCUGUUUAAGAUGUUCACAAGCAUGGACCCACCUCCUGUUGAACUGAUCCGGGUGCCAGCCUUCCUGGACCUGUUCAUGCAGUCACUCUUUAAACCGGGGGCCAGAAUCAACCAGGAUCACAAACACAAGUACAUCCACAUCUUGGCCUAUGCAGCAAGUGUGGUUGAGACCUGGAAGAAGAAUAAGCGAGUGAGCAUCAAUAAAGAUGAGCUGAAGUCAACGUCGAAGGCUGUGGAAACUGUUCACAAUUUGUGUUGCAAUGAGAACAAAGGGGCCUCUGAACUCGUGGCAGAACUGAGUACACUUUAUCAGUGUAUUAGGUUUCCAGUGGUAGCAAUGGGUGUACUGAAAUGGGUGGAUUGGACCGUGUCAGAACCAAGGUACUUCCAACUGCAGACUGACCAUACUCCUGUGCACCUGGCAUUGCUAGAUGAGAUCAGCACCUGCCACCAGCUCCUGCACCCCCAGGUCCUGCAAUUGCUUGUUAAGCUCUUCGAGACUGAGCACUCCCAACUGGAUGUGAUGGAGCAGCUUGAGCUGAAGAAGACACUGCUGGACAGGAUGGUUCACCUGCUGAGUCGAGGUUAUGUACUUCCUGUUGUCAGUUACAUCCGAAAGUGUCUGGAGAAGCUGGACACUGACAUUUCACUCAUUCGCUAUUUUGUCACUGAGGUACUGGAUGUUAUCGCUCCUCCAUACACCUCUGACUUUGUGCAGCUCUUCCUCCCCAUCUUGGAAAAUGGCAGCAUUGCGGGCACCAUCAAAACAGAAGGCGAACAUGACCCCGUGACAGAAUUUAUCGCUCACUGCAAGUCUAACUUCAUCAUGGUGAACUAAGUCAAGCAUCUGCAGAGCUGAAGCAGGUUUUCCAGGCUCCACUGAGGAGAGCCCUCUCAAGAAGCUGCCAUUUGCAGCUCAGCCAGCACCUUGGAUGUGGAAUCUGCUGAGGGGUGGAUGACUUCCUUAGAAGGAAAGUGUUAGCAGUGUGAGAGCCUGCUAGUGACGUCUCCUCCCCGUAUGGUCAGUCCAGUGCUCAAUUCCCUCCACAUUGCCUCCGCAUGAACCUGCUGCUGGCCCUGGGGGUGGUGGGAGUUGUGAAGUUGAGACUCUGGUGAACAACUUUUCAAGGCUGACUAAGUUUUCUCACAAGAACCCAAUUGGUUAGUUGAUGUUUUAUUGUAAUUGUUUAAAUUUGCUAAGAAUAAUAAAUUUUUAAAAAGCU